AUGCCCAGCAAACUACUUGGAAAUCGGAAAGCUGCAUUCUUCCGGAUAUUCUGGGAUGAAUUGUUCGACGACCUUGUAGAAACUGUAGUUAAUAACAAGCAAAUUUCCUCAGAUCUGAGCCAAGGUUAUGCAGGUAGUCUUUAUCAGAGCAGAGCCCUGAGUCCUGGGAGACACAGUCCGGUGUGUCAGACACCUCCCACUGUCACUGUUCAUGUAAAAUCUAGUGCAUCCAGAUCACAUCAGCAAAAAAAACUCAUUAGACUAAAGCGGCCCACUUUUAAAGACCAUGACGAAAAUGGUGAAGAAAAGUCUCCUAGUCAUAAAUAUAAAUGUCCAAGGGGACCAUGUCUAGUUAUUCAGCGCCAGGAAAUGACAGCUUUCUUUAAAUUAUUUGAUGAUGAUCUAAUCCAAGACUUCCUUUGGAUGGACUGUUGCUGUAAAAUUGCAGACAAGUAUCUCUUGGCAAUGACUUUUGUUUAUUUCAAGAGGGCUAACUUCGCAAUAAAUGAGCAUACCAGAAUCAAUUUCUUUGUUGCUCUGUAUCUGGCAAAUACAGUUGAAGAAGAUGAUGAAGAAUCAAAGUAUGACAUUUUCCCAUGGGCUUUGGGAAAAGCCUGGAGAAAGCUCUUCCCUGAUUUCUUAAAGUUAAGAGAUCAACUCUGGAGUAGAAUUGACUACAGGGCUAUUGUAAGCAGACGCUGCUGUGAAGAGGUGAUGGCUAUUGCUCCAACACAUUACGCAUGGCAGCGAGAACGUUCUACGCACCACAGCGGAGCCAUGAGAAACUACAAUGAUGAAGUACUGCUGCCUCGAGAACCUAGUGCUACUCCUACAGACUGCUUGCUUUGUGGCAAGAAAGGAAGAUAUGUACGUCUAGGAUUGUCAUCUUCCUCCUCAUCUACUGGUACUUUGGAGAUGGUGGAAUUACAUUCACCCCAGAAUACAAAGGACACCUUUCCAACUGAAAAAAUGCUCGUUGACUCUCCUUUUCAUUGUGCCCAAGACUGUCAGAGCUUCUCCAGCAGAAGGCCAGGUAGCACCUUGAACCAAGACAAAUCCAUGGCUUGGUUUACAAGCAAUGAAGAAUGAAAUACACCCGAUGAGACAGAAACAGAUACUGUGCUUUGCAAAACAAUCCUUGUGGCAUCACACCACC